AUGACCACCAUUGCGGAGACCUUGCCCAGCGGCGAGACGAUAUACCGCUACAGCGAUUUGUGCUCCGCUCAAGAAGACACUGUCAUCCACGCUUCCGCGGCCAAUCCCUCGCAUUGCUAUACCAAGGCCCAAGCCCGCACCCUCACCCAACGCACUGCCCACGUCCUCCGAAACCGCUAUGGCAUCGGGGCAAGCGGACCAAGCAAGGAUGUCGUGUCGUGCAUCAACACCGGGACGCACUUUGUGCCCAUCCUCUUCUAUGCCGUUGUAGCAGCAGGCGGCGUGUUCAGUGCUGCGUCCUCGGCGAGUACACCUCCUGAGCUCGCGAGGACGUUGGAGAUGGGGGAAAGUAGACUCCUGGUGUGUACUGAGGAUCUGAGGGACGUGGCUCUGAAGGCGGCGAAGGACGCUGGGCUGGGAGAGGACAAGGUGCUCGUAAUGGGAAGCAGCGAGGAAGGGCAGUGGGGUCUGAGGGGUGCACGCGACUUGAAAGAUGUUCCUAUCAGCGAAAAGAAGCUAGACUGGCCCAGGAUCACCGACCAGAAAGAGCUCGAAGAUAGCCUCAUAGUGCUAAUCUACUCAAGCGGCACCACCGGUCUCCCAAAGGGCGUCCGACUCUCCCACACAAACCUCGUCGCCGAGACUAUCAUAACCCUAGAGCCCCUCAAAGCCCACAUGCGAGCGCACAACCCCUCCUUCGAAUACCGCACCCUCGCCCACUUACCCACGGCCCAUAUCGCCGGGAUCCAAGGCUACCUAAUCAACCCCUUCUUUAUGGGCGGCCCGGCGUACUGGAUGCCGCGGUUCGACUUCGUCCAGUUCCUCGAGUACAACAAAAGAUACCGCGUCACGUUCUUCUUCACCGUACCGCCCAUCUACCUCCUCAUCGCCAAGUCGCCGCUCGUGACGGACCAGUUUGACACCUGCGAGUUUGCGGUUAGUGGGGCGGCGCCGUUAGGGAAGGAGCUCCAGCACGCGGCGUCUGCGAAGCUAGGCAAAGGCAAGAUGAUGAUUUCGCAGACGUGGGGUCUUAGUGAGACGACGGGGUCGAUUACGCUCUUGCCGCAUGGGAGACAGGACGAUACGGGGAGUGUCAGCUGUCUGGUUCCGAAUGCCAUUGCGCGCAUAGUGGACGACGAAGGCAAAGACGUUCCAGUCGGCCAGCCGGGCGAAGUCAUCGUCAAGGCUCCUAUAGUAACUAAGGGCUACCACAAGAACCCCGAAGCCAACAAAGAGGCGUUCACCGAUGGGUGGUUCCGCACAGGUGACAUUGCCCUGUUCAAGGAUGGCAUGUUCUACAUCGUCGACCGCAAGAAGGAACUCAUCAAGUACAAAGGCCUCCAAGUCGCGCCCGCGGAGCUGGAGGCGCUGCUCUUGUCCCAUCCACUCAUCCUGGACGCGGCGGUGAUUGGCGUCGAGGCGGAGGAGACAGAGGUGCCGAGGGCGUAUGUCGUUGCUGAUAGGCAGAAGAUGCCGCCGGAGAAGAUUGAGGCGUUUGUGGGGGCCAAUGUUGCGGAUUACAAGAGGCUGAGAGGAGGAGUCGUAUAUCUGGAUGCGAUUCCGAAGAGUCCGAGUGGGAAGAUCUUGAGGAAGGAUUUGAGGGAGAUGGCGAGGAGGGAGGGAAGGGCGAAGUUGUAG